ACAUCCCAACUGGUCCUCCUCCACGAUCCACCACCAAGAGAACUCUUCAACAACCGUCCUAUUAUCGAAAUUUGAUUAGGGUUUGAACCAGGGGACAAGGGUAUGUUGACUAGUGGAGGAGGAGGAGGAACCUUUUACUGGGUUCGAAAUGAGGAGACACCAUCUUCAACCAGAGUCGAAGGAAUCGUUGUAAUUUUCGCUUGGGGUUCUUCUCUUGAAGAGUACCACUUGAAGAAUUAUGUGAAUCUUUAUUCGUCUCUCGGUUGGAAUUCUCUUCUUGUUCUUUCCGAUUUUCUGAACCCAUUUCUUCCCGAUAGAGCCACAUCACUUGCAUUUUCUGUUCUCAAUGAGCUUUUAGAGGAGUUGAGGACUAGACCAUCCCCUUUAGUCCUUGCUUCCCUUUCUGGCGGGUCACAGGCUUGUAUGUAUAAGGUUUUUCAGAUCAUUGAAGGAACAUGUGAAGCACAUCUCAGUCUGGAUGAUAGUCGAUUGAUCAUGACCUGCAUCUCUGGUCAAAUGUACGACUCUGGUCCGGUAAAUGUUACUGGCGAUUUGGGUGCUCGGUUUGCUCUACAUUCCUCCGUUCUCAACCUGCCCGGUUCAUCAAAGUUGGUGUCAUUGGUUGCAAAAGGUGUCACGUCUGGUUUGGAUGCUCUCUUCCUUACUAGAUUUGCAUCCCAACGCUCCGAGUAUUGGCAAACGCUUUACUCCUCUGUUGGUUUGGGGGCCCCAUUUCUCAUAUUAUGUUCGGAAAAUGAUGAUCUUGCUCCAUAUCCGGUUAUAUGCUCAUUUGCUCGACAAGUACAAGGAUUAGGAGGACAUGUUCGACUUAUCGGAUGGAAGGACUCUCCGCAUGUAGGUCACUACAAGCACAAUCCCAUCCAGUACAGAGCAGCUGUGACGGAGUUUCUUGAGCACUCUACUUCGAUAUUUAACCAAAAACUAGAAAAAGUUGGUGAAAGAUGUGGCAUGGAGGGUAUGCACGAUAAGAUAUACGAACUAAUUUGCGACCUCCAGAAUGCAGCAGUGGACUCAAACCAGAGCCUUAGAAGAGUAGCGGUUGGACCAAACGACCACUUCUUCCUGCCAAGUUCUGAAACUGGUAAAGAAUCUGGAUCCUUACAAGACGAGCAGAAAGAAAGAAGAGGUGUCCAUUUGGCAAGUCCUCCUCCUCCUCCGAGACUUAACCCUCACAGCGUUCUUGGUCAAGUCCUGUUUGAUGUGUGUGUGCCCAAGAACAUUGAAGGUUGGGAUAUUAAGUUCGAUAAGAGGCAGCCAUUUGCAUCUGCUCGUAAACGAUCAUCUCUAAAUGCAUUAAAGCGCAUGCGACGCUCAAAAUUAUAAGGUAUAUGAUGAUGACAAUGUACAUAUGAAUGAUAGAGAGAGAGAAUGGAUGAGGUGGUUGUGGGUUGUGUUAAAAUGGAAGAUUUUGAAAUGUACAGGUAGGAAGGAGGAAUGUAGUACCAGUCUAUAUAUAUAUGAUGUAUGGAGUGUUUUGUGUUUUGUAAGGCAUGACCUUUUGGAGUUGAUAAUAAUGUAGCAGAAGCAGAAGAUGCUUGUGUUGUUAGAUUGAGUCA